AUUAUAGCCUUUGAAAUCCAAUUCCUUUGGCCAUGAAGAAGAGGAAAAGAAUGAGCUGCUUUUCUGCUAAUAUAUUCAUUUCUUUGUUGAUUUUAUUUGCGCAGAAUGAAAGUGUGAGUUCUAAAAGCUGUUUGGCUAGUAUGCCAACAUUACAGCUUGUUGAAGAGUGCCCCAAAACAAAAGAGGAAUGGAAUAAAAGGUCAGACAAAAAACGAUGUGACAUGUUAGCGGGGACAUCUCAGUGUUCAUCCUUUGCUUAUCACUGUCUACUAAAUCAGAAUGGAAAUGAAACAGUGGAGGUCUGUGCACCAACAUGGUUUUUAUCAGGAUUCUGCGCAAUUUAUAAUACUGAUGAGUUUCGAGUAAUAGAUAACUUUAGCUUCGACUGCAAUAACAAUACAAAAAUAAAGAAAGGGGAUAGAUGCCCUUCCAGAUACAUCUCAACAGAGACAUACAAAUACCAGAUUUGUUACAGAAAAAGAGAAGUAAAAGAUCUGGAAUCUGACAGAAUUCACCAGUCAAAUAUGGAAGAGGGAAGUAGCCCAUUUGUCUUGACAACAGUGUUUAUUGUUCUUUUCAUCUUGGCACUCAUUGCGUCAAUUUUCCUAUGUGUAUUGUUACAUCGAGUCGGCUGUGACAAAAUAUGGAAGAACGAACAGACAUAUAGAAACAACACAAAUGUAUCCACGCGGGAAAAAUCCGUUUCUUGGAAAUAA